AAUCAACAAAUAUUAUCAUUUAAACUGCAGGGUGUAUCUGAUGAGGUUUGCUUCAUUUGUCAGGAUGAGAUCUUCUCCUGCAGUUUCAGGAUGAUGACAUCAUCGCUGGUGUUGCUAACAACUAAAAUGUCUUCGCCAUCAGAAUCAGAUCAGAAUCAGAUCAGAAUCAGAAUCAGCUUAUUGCCAAGUCUUUGCUCACAAACAAGGAGUUUGACUCCAGUACACUUUGUUCUCAGAUCAGCCAUCAGCACCAUGGCCCGGUUCUGCUGCUCCUGUGUUCCAAUCUAGAUGUUGGAGAUUAAAGGGCAGAGAGACUGUAGAACUUUUUCAGUCCAUUUCUUGAGCAGAUCCAGGCUACUUUUACUUUGCUUCAGCAGUUGUUCUAAAGAAGCUCCAGAACCACUGGUCUAACCAGUUUAAAGGACAGAGUGUCCAAGCAGAACCGGUCUUGGUGGGAGUUGGUGCUGUUAGGUGGUCUGCUCUGAGGCUGCCUGCAGAGGUGGCAGAAACCGAGAGGAAGGUCCAAAAGGGUCUUCAUCCUGAGGGUCUGAGGUUAGCAGCUGCUGCAGACCCAGUAGUUGCUCUGAAGGCAGCCAUGGGGAACCAGAGGAGGAACAUGAGGAAUGUUCUGGAUUCUUAGAGUUUGGGGACAUGGGGAUAUAAGGUGAUGGACUGAGGGACAGGUAGAGGAUAGACAGAUGUAUCUGGUCAUCAAUCAGCUGGACAGAGAUGGUUCCACUUUAAUGAAGAUGUGUUUUGGACUCUGUGAUGGUCAGCACCUCCAUCUGGAGACCUGCCCACCACCAUAACCACAACCAUCAAAUAAAUGAGGUAAAGACUCCUCCUCUUCCUGUAGGUGACUCAUUUAUGGUGACGCAAAUGGACCACCUUCAUCCCCCAGAAGAUCAACUCACCAACCACUCCUUAUCUCCAUAGGGAUGGACAUGGUGGUUCUAGUUCUGGGUUUAGCUGUGGCUCUGUGGGUCUUCUAACUAUCAGAAGGUUGUGAGUUGACUUCCAUCUUCUCUCAACCAAAUGUUGAAGAGUCCUUGGACAACCUGGAGAAGCCCAGGUUCUGUCUGAGGUCAGUGGAUGAAUGUGGAGGCUGUGAUUCUGGGUCAGUGGGUGGUUGCGUCUUCAGUGGAUCUGAUAGGUGACCGGGUCUGGAGAAGAUCAGUCCAUCUAUCCUUUAAAUGAUCCAAAUACCAGGAUGUGAAUAUUAUCUAAAGAAUAAAGUUACAUUACGUAUUAUUCUGACCCAUUAGGUCUUUUUUUCUGUUUUACCUCUCCAGAGGUUCUGGUACUGAAACACUUUCUGACCCAAGUCUUACAGAGAACUCAGCAGGAUUCAGCCUCACGAAUGAUGCUGUUCUGCUGUGAUGUUUCUCAGAUAGAUGGAUGAAGUUCAGUUGAUUCUGCAGAACUAUGAUGGACCUCAUAGCUUCUCCUUGUAUUUCCACUCUGCUUUGUUUUCCUGGAGAUGAAUCGGUCCUGGUCUUCUUUCAGUGUGGUACCAUUGAACUGAUUUAGACUGAAACCACUAUGACCUCAGCAGAAGAUCCAUCUCAUUAGAUCAUGGCAGAUUCUCCAUUAAUUCUACUACUCCGUUGCUCUGUGGAGAUACAGGAGAACCUACCUCCACCUGCUCUGCUUCAGGUGAUUCUUCAUGUCUAACACAUCAGGGUCCAGGUGGGUCAAUGGAGACAGCUGCUGGUCGACCAUCAGAGGUCUUCAGCUUGGAUCUUCUCUGUGUUUGAGUCUUACUGGUGGGUGAACAUGUUAGUUGAAGGUGGAGUCUUCCUGGAACAAGGAAGAAGAUUCAUGUGGAGCUCAGACUUUAAUCAGCUGAUGAUUGUGGACACCAAUCGUCUAUCAGCAAAGGGGGAGACGGCCUCUGAUUAGACAGACCAUGACCAGAAGUGAUGUAACAAUCCUGCCCUGUUCUGGAGACCUGGUAUGACAGAAACAUAGAGCUGAUUACCCUGACUACAGUCACAGUUGCCUAGAUGAACGGAUCUGAGGGGGAGCUGGAGUACGAAGAGAUAACGUUGGAGAGGGGGAACUCUGGACUGGGCUUCAGCAUCGCAGGAGGAACCGAUAAUCCCCACAUUGGAGAUGAUCCAUCUAUCUUCAUCACCAAGAUUAUCCCUGGAGGAGCUGCUGCCCAGGAUGGACGGCUCAGGGUUAAUGACAGCAUUGUGUUUGUGAACGACGUGGACGUCCGUGAAGUCUCUCACUCACUGGCUGUGGAGGCUCUGAAGGAGGCGGGGCCUGUGGUCCGGCUGUACGUCCUGAGGCGACGCCCACCCAGUGAACGCAUCACGCAGGUCAAACUCAUGAAGGGACCCAAAGGUCUGGGCUUCAGUAUAGCAGGUGGUGUGGGGAACCAACAUGUUCCUGGAGACAACAGCAUCUAUGUCACCAAGAUCAUUGAAGGAGGAGCGGCACAUCGAGAUGGACGGCUGCAGAUCGGAGACAAAAUUCUGGCCGUGAACCACAUGACUCUAGAGGACGUCCUGCAUGAAGACGCUGUGGCAGCUCUGAAGAACACAGGAGACGUGGUUUACCUGAAGGUGGCCACCCCAACUUCCCAGUACAUCCACCAAGUGGACCGGUACAGCCCCCCUGACCUGACCAGCUCCUACAUGGAGCCAGACUACAUGUGUGAUUACCCACAAGCCCUGCCACCCCCCUCACCACGGCGCUACUCCCCCAUCCCCCGCGGCAUCAUGGGAGAGGAUGACUAUUCCAGGGAGCCCCGCAGAGUCUGCAUCCAAAGGGGGUCCACGGGUCUGGGCUUCAACAUCGUGGGUGGGGAGGAUGGAGAGGGGAUCUUCAUCUCCUUCAUCCUGGCAGGAGGUCCAGCAGAUCUGAGCGGGGAGCUCCGCAAAGGAGACCAGAUCCUCAGUGUGAACGGGGUGGACCUCAGGUAUGCCACACAUGAGCAGGCUGCAGCAGCUCUGAAGAACGCCGGGCAGACUGUGACCAUCGUAGCUCAGUACAGACCUGAGGAGUACAGUCGCUUUGAAGCAAAGAUCCAUGACCUGAGGGAGCAGAUGAUGAACAGCUCAUCAGGCAGUCUGAGAACCAACCGCACCUUCUACGUCAGAGCCCUGUUUGACUACGAUAAGCAGUGGGACUGUGGCGUCCUAUCACAGGCUCUGGACUUUAACUUUGGGGAGGUCCUUCAUGUGAUUGACAGCGCUGAUGAUGAAUGGUGGCAGGCCAGAAGACUCAACCAGCAGGGGGAGCUGGAGGAGCUGGGCUACAUCCCCUCCAAACACAGGGUGGAGAGAAAGGAGUGGUCCCGCAUGAAGACUAAAGGCAGAGAAGGUUUCAUCCACAGCUAUGAACUCGUCUCUCAGAUUGAAGUGGACUACGCUCGUCCUGUCAUCAUCCUGGGACCGACCAAAGACCGAGUCAACGAUGACUUGCUGUCCGAGUACCCGGACAAGUUCGGCUCCUGUGUACCUCACACAACUCGUCCUCGCAGGGACUACGAGGUGGAUGGGCGGGACUACCACUUUGUGUCGUCACGGGAACAGAUGGAGCGGGACAUCCAGUCACACCGCUUCAUUGAGGCAGGGCAGUACAACAACCAUCUGUAUGGGACGUCAGUGCAGAGCGUCAGACAGGUGGCUGAGCAGGGUAAGCACUGCAUCCUGGAUGUUUCAGCCAAUGCAGUGAGGAGGCUGCAAGCUGCUCAUCUCCACCCAAUUGCCAUCUUCAUCCGACCGCGGUCCCUGGAGAACAUCCUGGAUCUGAACAAGCGUCUGUCAGAAGAUCAGGCAAGGAAAGCUCUGGAUCGAGCCAUUAAACUGGAGCAGGACUUCCUGGAGUGUUUCACAGCCAUCGCUCAGGGCGACAGCUUCGAUGAGGUUUACCACCAGGUCAAACUGGUCAUCGAGGAGCAGAGCGGACCCUACAUCUGGGUUCCUGCACGGGACAGACUCUGAUUGGCUGUAUCCUGGGUGCUGUCUCCAUGGUAACCUCUUUGACCAUCAACUCUGCCUCCUCCUGUUGCUGCUGUGGGCGAAGCGACCUGACAUGGAUUUUUAUACACCUUAGUUUCUAUGACAAGAUGAUGAGCGACCCCAGUGGUUGAAUGAAUGCCGUAACCAUGGCGAUCACAUCCCCGUCUGUCUGUCCAGAGAGAGAGACAUGAUGGACUGGGAGGAUAAUCCUGUAUGAUCAGUAAAUAAUGGAGCAGAGACUGUAGAGUUCAGCUCGGAUCAAAGUAUUUAUAGUGACAUAUUUAUUGAUUGAUUUAUCUAUUUAUUUAUUGAUAUUUAUGUGAUGUGAAAAUGGUGUAUGUGUGUGUGUGUGUGUGUGUGUGUGUGUGUGUGUGUGUGUGUGUGUGUGUGUGUGUGUGUGU